GGCGCCGACCAUGGCAGACAGCGGCGGGUCGGGCCCCUGGUGGAAAUCGCUAACGAACAGCGGCAGGAAGAAAACCAAAGAAAUCCCCGCAGGGGCUCAGCCGCCUGCCCAGCCGCCCCCCGCGGAGACCCCGCCGCCCGCGCCGCCCAGCCCCGACUGGACUAGCGACUCGAGGGAGAACCAGCACCCCAAUCUCCCCGGCGGCGCCGGCGAUGCCCAAAAGCCAGACAAGUGGGGCGGGGAGAAAGCCGGCAACAGCCGCCGCAAUUUAAAGAUUUCGCGCUCCGGGCGUUUUAAGGAGAAGAGGAAAGUGCGCGCCACGCUGCUCCCCGAGGGAGUCCGGUCCCCCGAGGAGGCGGGCUGCCCCGGGGACCCCUACGAAGACAAGCAGUAACCCCAGCGCUGCAGGAUCGUCUCUCCCGGAUCCUUCUCCCCAACCCCUUCCCUUGUUAUAAACCCUUCCCCUCCACCCCCACCCCAGGGAAGGGGUGCCUCACCCCACCAAAUUCAGAAUAUUCGCGUGGGAGGCUGUCUCCACGGUUUUAUUUCCCUGGAAAUCGAAGUGUCGGAUGAGUUUCCAAUAUUUCAUGGCCCAAGUACGGACCCAAGUACGGACGAUUUGUGUUGAGUAAGAGCUUGAUGACUGGCCCCAGAGGAAGCUGGAGGCGUUGUUUUUCAAGAGUUGUUUUGUGGCUUUCAAGGACUGUGUCACCUGGGGCCGCCGGGAAGGUACUUUGCUAAGAGCUCAGCUGGAACCUCAUGGAAGGAGGAGGGAGGGCUCGGAUUCUGGAUCUGCAAUUGGAGAGCAAACCAAUUGGGGCUGUUUGUAAUGCCUAAGAAAUGCACUUUAGAAAUACUUGGGUAGGCUGAUACCUUAAGGCAAGGGCUGGGAGAUGGCAGACGCAUUCUUAAGCGCAACUAAGUUUAGGCAAGAUUGCUAUUAAUAUUGAACUACAAAACUGUUCA